UGUACUUGUCAAAUCUAAAUUCAAAGGUUGCAUUGCUCAAUAGAUCAUUUAGAAAGAAUGAGACAAAGAAUGGAAAGGCUUGUCAUUCUUCCUUUCUCUGCUGGUUGUAUCUCUGAGGCCAGUGUUGCUGUAGGUGUUCCACAGCCAAGAAGAUCAAAACAAGACACCAACACACCAGCUGCUGCAAUAAAAAGAUCUAAAAGCGUCGAAGAUUCAGAGAUUUUGUCCGAUGAAAACAUGAAGAACUCGUUAAGGCUCAUUGACGUUACUUCAAAGCCUAACCUAUCCAUUGCCUUCAAUAGGCUGUUCAAGGGUAUCAAGAAUUUUUCUCAAUUGUUUGUGGAGAAAGAUGAGUUUGAAGAAGUGGAAAUAGACAUGGAAAUAGGGUGUCCAACAGAUGUUCAACAUGUGACACACAUUGGUUGGGAUGGCAUUGCAACUUCUGCUGACCCCAUUAGAGGAUGGGAUGCUCUCAUACCUCCUGAGUUGAUCUCUCUAUCCUCUCAAUCUUUGCAACAACACGAGGCCUCUACUUUGGAACCAAAACAUGAAACAUCAUCUCCUGUGAAGCCUUCUCCUAAUUAAUUCAACGUUUUAUCUUAUACUAUGAUGUAU